ACAACCGCGUGAACCUCUGGUCUAGCUUGCCGGGGCCUUUUCGCCGAAAGAGGUCACGCGCGCGCUAAGCCCCUAACGCGGUUCGGGUCGUUUUGGCUUACUGUGUGUGGAAUGAAGCCAGCCCGCCUGGUUUGUUCAGUAAACCCAUGGCUGAGCAAGUUGUGUGAACCCGCCCAGAGAGGUGAUACUGGUCAAGGUGUAAGAGACUGGAUCAAGCAGGUUUUGAAGCAAGAUUUGUCUUUCCAACAUAUAAAAGUCAUUUAUCCAACAGCUCCUGCCAGACCAUAUACACCAAUGAGGGGGUCUUUGUCCAAUGUCUGGUUUGACAGAUACAAGAUCUCUAACGAUUGCCCAGAACAUACUGAAACCAUUGAUGUGAUGUGUCAAGCACUUAAAGGUUUGAUUGAUGAUGAAGUUAAAAAUGGCAUCAGGAAAAACAGGAUACUCUUGGGUGGUUUUUCAAUGGGUGGAGGCAUGGCAUUGCAUUUGGCUUACAGACAUCACCAAGAGGUGGCUGGAGUGUUUGCUCUUUCAAGUUUCCUCAAUAAGAAUUCAGCUGUUUACCAGGCACUGGAGAAGGAGGAAAGAGAACUUCCAGAGUUGUUUCAGUGUCAUGGAACUGCUGAUGAACUGGUUCUGUAUUCUUGGGGAGAAGAAACCAACAAGAUGUUGAAAGCUCUUGGAGUAACAAGUACAUUCCUGAGUCUGCCAAACCUUUAUCAUGAACUGAGCAAAAGUGAACUGGAAAAACUGCGAUCUUGGAUUUUGAGAAAAUUGCCCGAAGAGCCUUGAUUAAAGAACAAUAAUGGGAAAUGCCAUAAUAAAGCAAAUUAGGAUUAUCUCUUA